UACGGAAAAUCGUUUUUCAUUUGUUUAACAAAUUUAUUUUCAUAAUUCAGGUAAUUUCUAUAUUUGUUUUUAAUUUUUAUUAUUAAAAUAAAAUGAAAUACUUAUUUUUGAAACGAAUUGUUGAGAAUAAGCAAUGCUAUUUUGAACUGACGUGGUCCGACGAAUUUGGAGAACUGGGUUUAAAACUUUUUGAUGGCCAAAAAUUUUAUAAAGGGAAAGUGACACUCGAAGAUUUUGAAUUAUUUAGCUCCAAAACCAGCAAAAGUCUCGAAGAUAUCUGGUCAGAAACAAUUUCUGUGUUUAAAGAUGAGGAACAUGAUAACAACAAGAGUGAAUUUUUUCUUGAAAUAAAAUAUUUGGAGAAUGAUUUGGAGGUGGUUGUGACUUGGAAAAAAUUACUGGGUGGAGAUGACGUAAAGCAAAGAUUAGGAUCAGUCGUUCUCAGAUGUUCAACAGAAGAUAGCGAAAUGACAGCUUUAUUAGAUGAUCUACUAUUAUUAAUUUGCAGUCAAAAGAAAUCUGUAGGUGACUUGACUAAAGAAAAAAAUGAUGUUUUAGAGGGCUAUAAUAACGUUUUAAAAAAAUUGGAUGAACUAACCAUUCAUAAAGAGAGAAUAGAAGUUGAUCUAUUUAGCAAAUUUGCCUUGGUGUUGAAUGCAAAAAAAGACAAAAUUAAGCAUCUGAAAGAAGAAUUAGAACAAUUAAAGCAGUCUGUCCAUGCAUUACCAGAUAAUGAAUGUACAGAUGACGAUCAUGUUGACAAAAGAAAGUCCAAAUUAAAGGGUGCUAAGUCUAAAAAACCUGCCAAGAAAAAAGCUAAAACUACUACUGCAGUUGCUGCUGCUGCUACUGCUGCUGCUUCAACUUCUAGUAAAUCAAGAGUAAAUGUUGAGAGUAACGAAAUAAUUCAUUCAAGUGACUUUGAUACAGACACAGAAGAAAGUGAUCACAGCAACGCCAGCCAAGAAAUGACGUCAGUAUCGUUACCCUCGUUGCCACUAGAAACAGCAGCUGAAUUGCAGUCGUUACCAUCAUCAUCUGCAGCAGCAGCUGAGCCAACAGCAGGGCCAUCAUCAUCGGCACAUCCCUAUUUCUCGUCCCCAGCGCCUAACCUAAACAGUUCAAGUUUGCUAGUAUUUGGUGAUUCUCAAACUGAUGAAGAUCUAUUUCAGAUCGUCCCUAUGAAAAAGAAAAUUAAAAUAAUUUCGGAUGAUGAUGGUGGCGAUAUAAACGAUGAUAAUAUUAAAAAAAAUGAUGAUAAAAAUGAUGAAAGAACUGAUAGAUGUGAUGAGAAUGAUGGUGGUGGUGGGGUUAGAAAAAUAAACUUUUACCAAACUGAAAGAGUGGCCGUUGGAAAAAGAGGCAAGAAAAAUCAUAAUAAUGACGUAAGCGUAACAGAGAUGAAAGCAAAGAAACCACAAAUAGAUGAUGAUACAUUAGAUAUAUCUAAACUUAUUGACGAUUUGAUAUAAUGAUAUCAUUGAUUGAUUGGUAUUGAUUGGUUGUUGAAUGGUUGAUUGAUUGAUUGAACUGAUGAAUAAUUUGAAUACAAAUAUCAAAUUUAUUGAUCAGAUGUAUGCUUCAAAUGUUACAUGGAUACAUCUAUAUCCAUCCAUCCAUUUAUUCAUUCAUUCACUCACUCACUGUUCAUUAAUUCACCAAUCUAUCUUUUCAUACAUUCAUUCAUCAAUUCAUUUUUUAUUAUCAAUAAACCAUCACGUUUCAAAGAUG